UGCAAUUUCUUUAGCUAAAAGCGCUAUACAAAUUGAUUAUCUACAGUUCCACAUCACAGAAAGAAAAAUGCCAGCAAUAGGCCUACAACAAUGCACAUUAAAGCCGAAUAAUGACAAGUAUAAGAAAAUCCUAUGAACAGAACACGUGUCUGUAACUGUGCCACACCUGGAAAUAAACACUGAGGCGAUUCUAGACUUCUUUUAAACAGUCUACACUAUUAUGUUUAAGACGCUAGUAAUAAAGUGCCACAACAGCCAUGAAAAGCCCCAAAGGGCCGUUUCGACUUUGUUGGGGUUUUUCUCGUUGCUCUGAGGCUGAAGUUGAGAGUUAUAAAUAAACUCUGUGAGUAAGGAUGUGAGGGGUAAGUAUAGGCUAUAAAAGCCUCGCGCGUGCGCGCGCAGCGAAGUGGUGCAUUUUGGCACGACUUUAUUACCCCCGCCCCGACACUACCGGGAACCUUCCCCGUAGCAAAAGUCAUCUCUGCCGUGUUAUUUCGCAAUCCCUGUCAGAGACACGCAACAAUGGGGUCUCUGAGUAAAUCUUCCCUGGCCAGGGUGUGCAUGUUUAUAUUAUGGAUGCCUGUGCUGCUGGGAUUGCAUGUUUUGAGUGGCGCUGUGGCUCAGUCAGUGUCUCCAUCUUAUGGCAUGCAAGGUUCAGACUUGGGCCUGCAGGUGUUCCUUCAAAUGGUCCAAAAGAAGCCACAUGAAAAUAUGGUGCUCUCCCCUCAUGGUGUAGCCUCCAUUCUGGGAAUACUGUUGCCAGGGGCUCAUGGAAAUACCAAGCAACAGCUCCUUUCAGGACUCCGAUAUAACAAAAAAGGUCCUGAUAAGAUGCUACGGAAGCUGCAUAAGGCCCUGACAUCGAAGGCCAACACCACCUUCAUCGCCAAUGCACUCUUUCCACAGGAAGGGUUCAACAUUCAACCCAAUUUCCUGAAUACCAGUAGGUACAAUUACUUGUGUGAUAGCCAUGCCCUUAACUACAGCAACCCACAGCAGUCUGCAGAUUACAUCAAUGGGUGGAUCAAGAACCGCACAAAGGGCCACAUCCAGAGUCUUUUGAAGCCAGAUAUGUUGGACCCAUCGCUGACCCGGCUAGUGGUAGUAAACUCGAUCUAUUUUAAAGGAAUGUGGAAGUCCCGCUUCCCGGUCCAGAACACCAAGAUUAGGAGCUUUACAGGUGGAGAUGGGAAGUCUUACAAAGUGCCAAUGAUGUCCCAACUCUCUCUCUUUAAAACUGGUUGGGCAAAUACUCCUGAUGGUGUGAAAUAUAGGGUUAUAGAAUUACCAUAUCAUGGCAACCACACAAGCAUGUUCAUUGCAUUUCCUUCAGAAAGGGUGACACCGUUGUCAACGAUCUUACCUCAUCUCACCACAGCGACAGUACAUGAUUGGGCACAGCUGAUGCGUCAGGGAAAGAUGCGUCUCCUGCUGCCAAAGUUCACAGCAGAAAUGGAGAUGGAUCUGAAAGGGCCCUUGACUGCUCUGGGUAUAACAGACAUUUUUAUUAAGGGAAAAGCUGACUUUCGACACCUCAGUUCAGAACCCGUUCAUCUCUCCAAGGCCCUACAGAAAAUCAAGAUAGAGGUUAAUGAGGCUGGAACUAAAGCAGCUGCUGCAACUACUGCAAUUUUGAUGGCCAGGUCCUCUCCUCCACUGGUGAUUAUAGAUAGACCAUUCUUGUUCCUCAUCAGACACAAUCCUACAGGUACUAUUCUUUUUGCUGGUCAAAUAAACAAACCUCAAGCACGCAAGUGACGAGAACAAGGAGACACUGACACAUAUACAUUUCACUUCAGCUUUGUGUUUGGCUAUAGCAUUUUUUCUAUAACCUUUCCUUGCUAUUAGAAAACAUUAUACAGCAAUAUUACUUUGCAUUAUAUUUCUAUAUUCUUGAUAAUGGGCUGUUUUGUUCACACCAGUACAAGUGUAAUUUGCUGGUAACAAAUAUGAAUAAACUUACUAAUUUACUGAA